CACUAAUAAGAUAAUCUUUGCCAUCUGCGUUUUUUUCUAACAACAACAUAUUUUUUUUCUUCAUAAUAUUUUUCUGAAACAUUCCAGCAAAUGAUAUCGGAAUGGAGGUGUUCAAAGGAAUUAUUCUUUGCUUGUCAAUAAGCUUAGUUUCUUGUGAUUAUGCAUGCUACAGCAAAUCAGUUGGAGAUUGCUUUAACAAUGUAGCUGAACAACGAAGAGGUAAAGACCCAGGAAGUGAGGAUGAAAAAUUUUGCCAACUUUACUCUGAUAUUGCACUGUGCCAACGCAAUGCCGCUGUUCAAUGUAGUACAGGGUUUGCUGAUGUAGCCGAGAAAGCUUAUUCAGCUAUUAUCGACAUCUGCACAGAAGGAACAGAAACUUAUAAAGCCAUAAAAAGUGAUCCAAAGUGUAAUUUGGCUUCUGUGUAUAAUUCUCAAGGCUGUAACAAAGAUUUGGAUGAAGCACAGAAAGAUAUUGAUUCUAAUGAUGUCGUUGCAAACAUGAAGCUUAUUUGCAUAUACAUUGACUCAAUAAAAGAUUGCGCAACAAAAAAUUUCGAAAAAUGCGGUGAUCAAACAAAGAAAGCAUUCAACUCUCUUCUUGCUUCAUCUAUAGAACUCCAGAAAAAGUCAUGUAACCUUAUCCCAUAAUUCAAGCUGAAAAUCCAACACUUGUUCUGCACGGAAUUACUAUUUGUGGAAAUUAUUUGUAAUUUUAAUAUACAUCUUCAAUAAAAUUAUCCGAAAUGUAUUUUCUAUCAAUAA